GGACGCCGUGUCGUUCAUCCCCGAGCCACGGGGCCAGGGGGUGCAGGACGGGCACGCCGCUUCCGAGGUGCUCAUUGAAGGCGUGCGGGUGGAGCACGAGGGGCAGACGGAUGCCGGUGCUGGUGCUGAGGACCCUGCCACAGGUGCCUUCGGCCCGUCGCCGUAUGCCGUGGCCAGCAGUUGUGAGGACUGCGAGGGCGUUUGUUGCAGCAGCGAAGAGAGCGGCCUAGGUGCGGGGCUUGGUACGGGAGACGCGGACGGGGCCCUGGCCUGCUCUGCCAGUCCCGCCACCUCUUCGGGGCCCAGCUGCGACGUCCUGGAGUACUUGGUCCGCUACGAUGCGGUGGUGCUAAGCAGCGGAGGCAACGACCCACCGCGCGAGGAGAGGGUCGCAGUUGCCGUGCGCGGCGAUGCCGUUGUGGGGGCCACCUGGUGGCGUGCGCGGGCGAGCGUGGCUUGCGCUUGGCUCGGAGUGCCCGACGCUGAGGAGCCCCUGCACGACGAGGGAGCCGCAGGAGCGAGGGGCCAGGAGUCGGACGAUCAGCAGGAGGAGCCGCGCGGGAGGCGCCUCGAGCGGGCUUUCCUGCUGGAGAGGGCCGAGGCGUUCGAGAGCCUCCAGGCGCGAUUCGCGCGGCUAGCAGCCCAAGCCUCGCGGGUGCGGGAGCUGGCUGGCGCGCGAGAGGUGCACGAACUGGUGGGCGCGAGGCUGUGCUCCAUGGAUCUGACCGUGGACAGCGUUGACGCCGUGCACUACCUGGAGGAGCUCCACCGAGC